AUGCUCGGUGCUACAGCAUCGAGGCUAUACAGAGUCACCGGCCUUCUCCUCCGCUCCCAAAAGCCCCAUCAAAGCCGCAACCUUUCCUCUCUCUCCUUCCCCAAUUCCAGAACCACCUCCUUCCAUGGAAACCCUAUCUUUCUUCCUCAUUUUCCCACAAGAACCAGACUCAUUCCUCUCCAAGUCAACGCUUUCGUCCCCGGCGCCUCCUCCGCCGCGUCUCCGCCGAACGGCCGGGCGUGUCUAUCCACUUCGGCGCCGGACAAGUCCAAUCCGCGGCCGUUCGUACCGAAGAAGACUCCCGACGAGCAAGUUGGCGACGUCCAGAUCUUCCGGACUCUGGCUAGUUACUUGUGGAUGAAAGAUAACUAUGAGUUCCGGCUUAGGGUUUUGACUGCGUUGGGGUUUUUGGUUGGGGCGAAGGUGCUCAAUGUUCAGGUGCCGUUUCUGUUCAAGCUCGCUGUUGACUGGUUGACCACGGCUACCGGGAGUGCCGGUUCUUUUGCGGCGUUUUCUGCCGCUAAUCCGACUCAGCUGGCGCUUUUCGCAACUCCGGCGUCGGUUUUGAUUGGGUAUGGGAUUGCACGCUCCGGCGCUUCUGCUUUCAACGAAUUGAGGACUGCUGUGUUUUCUAAGGUGGCAUUGCGAACAAUCCGAUCAGUUUCCAGGAAGGUCUUCUCACAUUUGCAUGACCUUGAUCUUCGAUAUCAUCUUAAUCGAGAAACUGGCGCUCUAAAUCGAAUAAUUGAUCGUGGUAGCCGUGCUAUAAAUUUCAUUCUCUCGUCUAUGGUAUUCAAUGUUGUACCCACCAUCUUAGAGAUAUCUAUGGUUUCGGGUAUACUGGCUUACAAAUUUGGAGCGCCUUUUGCAUGGAUUACAUCACUAUCAGUUGCUGCAUAUAUUGCAUUUACAUUGACUGUUACACAGUGGAGGACGAAGUUCAGGAAGGCCAUGAAUAAGGCCGACAAUGAUGCUAGUACAAGGGCAAUUGAUUCACUUAUUAAUUAUGAGACUGUCAAAUAUUUCAACAAUGAAGGGUUCGAAGCUGAUAAGUAUGACAAAUACUUAAAGAGGUAUGAAGAUGCUGCCUUAAAAACACAACGUAGUCUUGCUUUUCUGAACUUUGGCCAAAGUAUCAUAUUCAGCACAGCUUUAUCAACGGCUAUGGUGCUGUGCUCAAAUGGUAUUAUGAAUGGCAGUAUGACAGUCGGCGAUUUGGUCAUGGUGAAUGGGCUUCUAUUCCAGCUAUCACUUCCACUCAAUUUCCUUGGUAGUGUUUAUCGUGAGACCAUACAGAGCCUUGUUGACAUGAAAUCCAUGUUUCAGUUACUGGAGGAAAGGGCUGAAAUUAGAGACAAAGAUGAUGCAAAGCCUUUGCACCUAAGCGGGGGGAGCAUUCAGUUUGAAAACGUGCAUUUCAGUUACCUACCGGAAAGAAAGAUUCUUGAUGGGAUAUCAUUUGUUGUACCUGCUGGAAAGAGUGUGGCUAUUGUUGGAACCAGCGGCAGUGGAAAGUCAACCAUUCUCAGAUUGCUGUUCAGAUUUUUUGACACCCAUUCCGGAAGUAUAAGGAUAGACGGUCAAGAUAUUAGGGAUGUGACUCUUGAGAGUGUGCGGAACUGUAUUGGAGUUGUGCCGCAAGAUACUGUACUUUUCAAUGACACAAUAUACCACAACAUUCACUAUGGCCGUCUUUCAGCGACAAAAGAAGAGGUGUAUGAAGCUGCUCGACGUGCAGCAAUACAUGACACUAUCAUGAACUUUCCCGACAGAUAUUCUACUGAAGUGGGGGAACGGGGGCUCAAGUUAAGUGGUGGGGAGAAGCAGCGCGUGGCACUGGCUCGAGCAUUCUUGAAAGCACCUCCAAUUCUGUUAUGUGAUGAAGCUACAAGUGCACUAGAUAGCACCACAGAAGCAGAAAUAUUAAGUGCAUUGAAAUCCUUGGCAACCAACCGAACUUCAGUUUUCAUUGCUCAUAGGCUGACUACUGCAAUGCAGUGUGAUGAGAUAAUAGUUCUGGAGAAUGGGCAAGUGGUUGAGCAGGGACCCCAUGAUGUUCUCUUGUCUAAGGCAGGAAGAUAUGCACAGCUCUGGGGACAGCAAAAUAACACAAUUGAUGCUCUUGAUGCCACCAUUAAAAUGGGGAUAUGAUGUUGAUCCAUUCCUCCACCUCUCUUCUUCCAAAAUAAGGCUGAGUGGCAUACGAAGUUACUACCUAUCUCUAUUCUGGUAUUUGUUUAGCCACGUUUGACAUUCAGUUUAUACACAUUAAAUGCACUUUGGAACAAGCGAUGUUCUCUGGUGCACGGGAAGAAUUGGUGCUUGGCAGGUGCUUUUUGCCGUAAAAGUUUAUUGACUGUUCUCAGUUGAGUCAGUUCCCUUCUACGUGUCGUCAAGCUCCAUUGAUGAGGUAGGUUAUACUGGUUGGUUACUUCGGACAUAAAUGCAUAUCCUGAGAAACUGGUGAAGAGAUGAUACUCAGAGAAUGAUAGGAGGAAUCUUUGGAUUUGAAUGAGAACAAAAAUCAAAUUUGUUUACUUAAUUAGAAUACACAAGCCGCAUCAGCUUUCCGAUGCAUAUACUAUACCUGGAGCAGCCUACAAUCAGUGGAAGCAAUUCUGUGAAGUAGCACAUUGAUAGUCCAAAGUUCCUUAACUGUAUCCUGCUGUGUGGAAAAAUUGCAUUCAUCCCUUUAUGAAACAAUUUGAUGAGGAUUGAAUGCUUAGUUAAGCUGGAAACCAAACUUCCCAUUGUAUCACUAGUGUACUUUGUGUUUCAAAUAAAUUUUGCCUUGUGCUGUUAGUUUUAUCUAAGGAUGGACAAUGUUCAACUCAUUGUAUUCUUUUGGUAAUAUAUGUUAUCUUCUGCUGAUA